CCAGGGCCGGACAGCCCCGCUGCCCCCGGGCCCGGCUCGGCUCGGCUCGGCCCGGCCUCCCCGCGCUGGUGGCUGCCACGAGCGGGGCAGAGGGAGUGAUGCAGAGGGGCAUCUGUGUGUCCCGUGGGGCUGGGAGCAGCCGGCAGGCAUGGUGGGCUACGACCCCGAAAACACGUGCGUGUCCACGGUGGAAGCGGCCGCAGCAGGAUCAGCGUCUGGCUUGGUCACCCGCGUCCUUGUCAGCCCCUUGGACGUGCUCAAGAUCCGCUUUCAGCUCCAGAUUGAGCAGCUCUCCUCCAGAAACCCCACGGCCAAGUACCACGGCAUCCUGCAAGCUGUGCAGCGCAUCUUUGGGGAGGAGGGCUUGACAGCCUUCUGGAAGGGCCAUGUUCCUGCUCAGUUCCUUUCCAUUGGCUUCGGAGCUGUUCAGUUCAUGGCGUUCGAGAGCCUGACUGAGCUGGUGCACAAGGCCACCUCCUUCAAAGCCCGCGACUCCUUCGUGCACCUGGUGUGUGGGGGCCUGGCUGCCUGCACGGCCACGGUCGCAGUCCACCCUGUGGACACGCUGCGCACCCGCUUUGCUGCCCAGGGUGAGCCAAAGAUUUACCUCAACCUUCGCCAUGCAGUGGUGACCAUGUAUCAGACAGAAGGACCUCGGACUUUCUACAGAGGUUUGACCCCCACACUCAUUGCUAUCUUCCCAUAUGCUGGUCUCCAGUUCUUCUUCUACAACAUCCUGCAGCAGUUUUCCAAAUGGGCGAUUCCAGCUGAAGCAAAGAAUAGAGCCAACAUUAAAAACCUUGUCUGUGGCAGCUGUGCUGGAGUUGUCAGCAAAAGCCUCACGUACCCUUUGGAUGUGGUCAAAAAGCGACUGCAAGUGGGUGGCUUUGAGCACGCUCGGGCAGCCUUUGGGCAGGUACGGACAUAUGGGGGUUUCCUGGACUGCAUGAGGCAGAUCAUGCGAGAGGAGGGCCCAGGUGGGUUUUUCAAAGGCCUCUCUCCCAGUUUGCUGAAGGCUGCCUGCUCCUCUGGCCUCAUCUUCUUUUGGUACGAGCUGUUCUGCGGCCUCCUGUGUGCCCUGAAGAGCCCUGACAACAUGAAGAGGAAGGAAGGCUGAAAGGGAUGUGUGUGGCUGCCUGCUGUUCUCCUCAGGAGGGGAGACUGAUAGCCUUGCUCUGUCACGAGCAUGUUGGAAAUGUCAGAGCUCCCAGAGCUCCCCCAGCCUGUGGGGAAUCACCUCCUGGGACCAAACAGAAGGAGAAGGCCACUGCAGUUCUGCUGGAGACACUGAACUGCUUGGCUGGGAGCCAUUCAACAGAGCACUUUCCUUCUGUCUCCUAUCAGUGCACAUUUAGUGGGGAGAGGGGGAACCAACAGACCAUUCCCUAGCAAUGCCUGUGCUCUGGAAAAGUACCCAAUAAAAUGGGUGAAUCCCUGAGCUCGCCCUGGAUCCCAGAGAGGGGAUUCUGGCCCAGCCUAGUGCUGCUUAACCAAGCAAACACCACUUCCUAGCACUGCAUCUGCACAGCUUUAUUCCUUUGCUCUGUGCCUGCUGUUUGCUCCAGAUUCUUGUCUCGGUGUUGCACAGGUCUCUCUGUCCUGUUGGUGUGAAAUCAGGUAAAGCCACAUUAGUGCACAGACCCUCAGUUUUCCUUUCCGUCGCUGCUUCUUGGUCACCACUUGCUGGCUGAGCAUUCUCUGUCAUCUUAAACACAGCAUUGUCUCUGAUCAUGCUGGAUCAGACUUGUUUUUCCUUUAACUCCAGUGAACUUGAUUGUAUGCUGAAUUCCCUUUUCUCUCCCUGAGUGUCUGGCCAUACAUCUCUUAGGGAUUUGCAGUGCCUCACUUACACUUUUUACAAGCAAACCUGCAUAUCGAGAGCCCCACUCUGAGGGGAUUCAACGCACAAACUAUAUUUUUACUUCAGGGUUCUUUGCUUUAAAGCAGUGAGUAAACAAAUGCUGUAUAGAGUUAAGAAAUAUUUAUUCUAAGCUGGAAUAAUGAAAGUCCUGUGGAAACUAUUAAUUUUAAAAAAUCAUUAUUUAUUUAAUAUCACCUCUGAAUGUGUAUAACAAGUAUUUCUGUAGUGGCCUCAAAAUACUUCAGAACCUGAGUCCUGCACUGGUGCUAGCAGAUGAAAAUGUUUUGACAAGAUUUGCUGAAGUGAAAGGAAUGAACAUCAAAUGGGAAUUGGCUGGCUGAGUUGCUGUUUCACAUGGAUGAUUGAAUUAGAGAUGGAAAACUGUUUUUCUGGAGUUUCAAAGGUUUUACAAGUGGGUAAAAAAACCAAUAAAACAACCUACCAACAA